CAAAUUCGAAAGUUUGUUUACAGAUCACAAAUCUAAAUCCGGCGGAUAGUUGGUAUGAGUUUGUAUUCUACAUCGGAUAAGAAAGUAAGCAUUAUGUCAUCUUUUCGUCAAUUGGAACAGCGCCAUGUGAACACUGAGAUAACUUUGAUGGAAUGGAAUCCUAUGCUCGAUCUCAUUGCUCUAGCUACUGUAAAUGGCGAAGUGCUUUUGCAUAGGCUAUCUUGGCAAAAAGUGUGGGCCAUUUCAACUGGCAAUGCAAAAGAAAAAAAUGUGCAGGUUACAGCUUUGGCAUGGAGACCUGAUGGCAAAAUCCUAGCCUAUGCAUUUGAGACUGGAAAAAUCACACUAUGUGAUGUGGAAAAUUCGGAAGCCGUCCACCUGUUGGAUGUGCAUUGUAUGGUCACAUCCUUAACUUGGGUACAAUGCAUGCAAAUUCCAAAUGACGAAUACAGGCCAAUUUACACUGACCGUUCCAAAGAAUUUCUUCAAAGGCACUUCACGCUCAAUAAAGGCUAUGGCGUGUCAUCGAAUAAAAGUGAGGAAGUGGCCGAUGAUUUCAAGCGAAUGAAAGGCCAAAAAGAAUUGAAUAUUUUGGCGAUCGGAAUGGAGAUUGGCGUCGUACAUCUUCAUUCAUUUGGCAUGUUUCCAACUGGUUUUGUUGAUGUGAAUAUCGAACCAGAGGAGCAACAAAAGGACCGCGUAAUAUCUGUCACAAUGUCGCAAGAUUUUAGGAUACUUACCGUGAUACUUGAAAGAAAAGACAAUGAAGAAUACAAAACCUACUACUAUCGCUCUUAUUUGAUAUCUUUAAUAUAUGAUUCCAUAGAAGAAAUAAAAAUAGUAUCCCUUAAAUUUGGCCAGAUAUCAUCUCUUCUGACCUAUUUAUCAUCUACUAUCAGAGCUAUCUCUGAAGCAUGGGAGGAUAUUUUGCUAGAAAUCGAUACGAAACUUCAUAAUUAUGCUCACCAGAAGCAUUCACUAUCUGAAGGAUCAAUUAGUGAUGACUUUCUGGAAUUACUUAUGUUUGGUAACCCCUCUGAUUCUCUAGAGAAGUUUUUGAUGCAUGAUCUGACUGAAAGUGGUCUAAAGAAAUUUGGUCAUUCUAUUGAAUUAUCCUACUCAAACAUUCAGAAAUUGGUACUGAAGCGUCUGCAGAAUGUUUCUAUAUCACUUUUUUAUCAUCUAAAUGAACUCAGGGGGAUGGCCAUGUGGACAGAACAGUUUGGUCCACUGGGUCUGGAAGAAUCCCUGGUUCACAAGGCAGUUCUGACAACUGGUUCAUUCUUGCUGAAAGCCACCGAAAUCCAACAAGUCAUCGAUAAUAGCAUGAAGAAUUUCAAAGCCUUUUUCAGGUGGCUUUAUUCCGUCAUCCUGCGCCUUUCCGAUGAACCUAUUCCACUCGAGAUCAGCAGACUGACUCAGCAGGACUUGAAUUUUGUUGCUGAGUUCUUGAAAGAAAACUUCACAAUCGAAUAUGACGAAAACAAGAAAACCACAGUUAAACUCGAACGUGUUGCUCAGUAUUUGAAAAAAGAAGAUCUACAAUAUCCUGCGUCCACUACUGGUAGCCCUUGGAUUAAAUUUUUAAAAGACAAUCCCCAAAUGAUGGAAAGUGGAUUGGUAUUUCCAAAUUAUCCCGAAAAGUCUUUGGUUACGAUGUAUGGUGAUCUUCGUAAAGUGAUUGAUUCAGCUGUUAAAGGACCCUGGAACGUUUUACAUGAGACGACCUCAGUGAAGGCUUUCUACUCAUUAGGCCAGUUGAGUAAGUCAGAGGCACCCCCCAAAAUGUCACACAUGUAUUGUCCUAGUACAGGCAUUUUGUAUACAGCUGUCACUAAUUCUGCACCUCCUUGCACUCAUUUCUAUCUCCUCAGAGAAUGGUCAAGAGAAGAAACACCCAAAGGUGUUCAAGCCAUUGGUUUAACUUUUCGUGAUUUUCAAUCUGUCCUCAAUGUGCCAUCUAGCUCAGCCAACACAUGUAGCGAAAUCUGUAAAAAUUACAAAAUUUUAGAUUUGAAAUUUUACAAUAAGGACACUAUCACUGUAUUAUUAAUGGAGGAUUUGAAUUCAGAAAGGAACUUUCCUGUGCUGUUGCAAUUCCCCCUCAAUUCUGUGUCUGGUAAACUUUUGCCUGCUUAUAGUACUCCUGGUGUAUUUAUUGGCGAGGGCAUCCCAAUUCUGGACGCUACUCCAUACAUUGACAAAAGCAUAUACAAAAGACUAGAAAACAUCAAAGCAUUGGAAGUUGCAGUGAGUGGAUCGCGUAAGGUGGCAUGUGUUUUGUUCGCCUCCAAGAGGCAGGUACGGCUGUUCGAAAUGGAUGUCGAAGAGGAGGAAGAAGAGGAAGAAACUGAGCACGAAGAAAGUAUGAAAGAUGUCAGUAAGGAAGAAAUGUUUUCCGAUGAUGGUGUAUUGCUAGAUAAGCAAGAAAAGGACGAAUCUCUGUAAUUUAUAGUAUUAUAUUUUUAAAUCAAAUUCUGUGAUAUUAA